AUGGUGUUUUCCGACGUCAGUUCUAACGUCCCCAACCAGAUAGAGGCGUUGAAAUCAUUGGUUCGCCUAGCAUAUGGCAGGAAAACCACUCUCCAGGCAGCUGUGGACCACGUCAAUGAGUCGAGGAUGAUUCCGGAAGGGAGCGUCCUAGACCCUUGUCACCUCGAGGUCUUCCGGCUUGUAGUUUGUCUGGAAGAGUUCUACGUGGUGGAUGAAGUUGAUUCCGAUGAUGAGGAGACGGCGGUGCCUACCCUUAGCGCGCCUAGCAGCCCGGACGUCAUCGACAGUCAUUUCCACCUUGACAGGACCAGCCGCCAGAUCUGGGGAAAGAGCAGUGAACACACCGUCGAUGAUUUGCUGGCCUAUAGCUAUUCAGAUGCCGUGGCGGAGACCCCAAGCAUUCCAGUGAAUGUUGUCGGAGGCAUUGUUGUGUUCAGCGAACCCAACACAUACCCUCCUGUGGACUUUGAGUCGCAUGGACCAUGGAGGGUAGCAGUGGGUGUCCAUCCCAAACACUAUGAGACACUCACCGUUGAGCGGAACAUUUGUCUCCAACGUCUGCUGGAUCAUCCCAAGGUAGUGGCUCUAGGAGAGUGUGGCCUAGACCGGACCAUACCCAUCUCGAGAUGGUCGCGUCAGGAGGAGGUCUUUGCUAAACUCCUGAGGAUGGCUCGGCCUGAUCAACCCCUAGUGCUACACUUAAGAGGAGUCAAGGGAGAUAGCCAUGGCACGGAUGUGUACAGAUCCACUCUGGGUAUGGUGGAGGAUGUAUGCUCCAGUGAGCAGAGGAUUCAUGUUCACUGUUUCAAGGGAAAGAGCGAUAUUGUCAGGGCGUGGCUGCGGAAGUUUCCGAACACGUAUUUCGGUGUAACUGCUGCUAUCUGCGUUUUCGAAAACUCGCAACUGGAAGGACUCAAGGUCAUCCCGUGGAACAGGUUGCUGCUAGAGACCGAUUCUCCCUACUUUCCCCCUGGGAAGGCACGGGUUAGUACACCAGCGUACAUUGGGGAGACAGCGGCUGUAGUAGCAGCACAUCUGGAUGCUCGGACACCCGAAAUCCUUGAGUGUGCGACCGCUAAUGCCCGAGAGCUGUACAAGUUAUAG